CCUCGAUCAACAAGGGCGAAAAUUCCACAUCAUCUGAUCUUUGUUCGCAGGCCGGCAAUGAUCAAACUUCGUAUUAAUCUUUUAAUCUCUGCUUCACGCUCUUUUUAGGACAUCGACCCCAUCAAUUCAAUACACGACCAUGGCGACCGAUGCCAUACACGCGCCCAAUGGAGCCAAGAGCCUCUCGCCACUUCCUCCCGUCAUUCACCGAGGCCUGUCAGCCAUCACCGCAUUCGGUCUGCUGUCACUGCUGUCGACCGCCGUUCUGUUUAUACAUCUCGUCUAUCGCCUAUUUCGCCGGGACAAAUCGACCUUCCCCCGCUUUCACCAGUAUCUGAUUCUUCUAAUCAACCUCCUCUUCGCCGACCUUCAGCAAGCUCUUGGAUUCGUCCUCAGUCUACAGUGGCUUGCAGACAAUGGCAUCUUCGCCCUCACUCCAUCAUGCUGGACUCAAGCGUGGUUCCUCAACACCGGCGACGUCAGCAGUUGUGUGUCCACGCUCGCAAUGGCAUGCCACCUGUUUGGUGACAUUAUUUUCGACUACCGCCUCAGCCGCAUACCUUUUCUUAUCUCCAUUGCCGGGAUCUGGACAUUUUCACUCUUUCUCGCAACUAUUGGCAUAAUAAUGCAUCCUCACGAUUUCUACAUGCGUGCUGGGAUGUGGUGCUGGAUCAACGAAGAAUAUAUGCAUGAGCGUCUGUGGUUACACUAUGUCUGGAUCUUGUUCACCGAAUUCGCUGUCGUCGGACUGUACACGACAAUGUUCAUCGUCCUGCAGCGCAGAAUCAAGGAUUUCUUCUACGUCUCAUCCCAACAUCAGAUGCGAGCUGAAUCCGCCGCUCGCUCGGUCAUCAUCUACCCCGUGGUAUAUGUUAUUUGCACGCUGCCAGCUGUCGUGGCCCGGUUGCGUGACAUGACUGGGCAUAGCGUCGGCUAUGCUGAACUCACCUUUGUAGGAGUCAUGAUGACGAGUAAUGGCUGGCUCGACGUACUCGUCUAUGCGCUGACCCGACAAAGUCUCGUCUUUGGCAUGCAAGCACCAGACGGCGAAGACGAGAAUGUCCAUGGACUGGAUACUUUCACCUCUUGGGAUCCAUAUCACCAUGAUGAGCUCCGGGACCAAUUGACAGACUUGUCACCCCCUAUGUCCUAUGGCAGUAAAGGUCGCAAAAAGGAACAGCAAGCAUUUAAUAGGAAGGACAGCAUGACGGGAUUACUUCCAGGCGACCCAUUUGCGAAACAACCUCCUGUCGUUCAGUACUACGAUCAAGGACUCGCGGCGCCACAAUCCGUGGUACGUAUCACCAGGAGCGAAGGCGAUUUGAGGAAACCUGGCAUGCGUUUCCCGCGAAGGCGUGAUCCCAGUAGAAACGUCCGAACAGCCAGUCCGGAAGAGGAGAAGCAGGUGACACUGUUGCAAUGUUCCGCGGCUCCUGGUGAGCAGAGUAAGAAUGGCAAAACUUCAGAGCAACGGCAUGAUUCUAUACAGGCUGAGGACGGCAUUGAUCCGGACGGCAUUGGGAUUGCGAUUGACGGGAUUAGGACUGCAACGGAUAGCAUUGGAAUUGCGAGGAGCGAAUCUCCAAGCACGUCUGGGAGUCACCAGGUCGUGAAGGAGCCAGCGGAAAGGACAUGAAUUGUACAGAUGACUCGGAUACCGUGGAUAGACUUGUGAUACCCCAGGGGAAGGUUUCGCUUUGUUGUCAGGACAUGAGUUUGAGUGGUGUGAUGAGUUUGUUGACUCGGCGUCCUCGCUGCACGUGGUGGCCACGCUACAUACACAAAAGUCAUGCCAUGGACUUUCGCGUAAGGUGAAACAUUGGGUAGUGGAUGAGGUGAGAUGUACAAGGGAUCUUCUCCUCCCCUGCUGCUGCUCAUGAACCCUAUGCAGGCACCGUGGUCUUCGCGAUGAUCACUAAAAUGUCCCUUGGCAAACGUCGGAUCGAAAUGCUGUCUGUGUGGAAGUGCAAUGAUGAUGGUGUCCGGGGAAGACUCGCCGCUCCGAGUUGGCAUAGAUGACACGUGCUACAUCAGCUUCUAGGAAAAACCCAAGAAGAGAACAUACGG